UUGAUAAGAAAUUAAUGGUGAAGUAGCGACCAGAAUUUUACCCAUUGCUCAGAAAGCGGUGGAGGUGUGCUGUGCUGUUUGCCAGGAUGUUUCGUGCUAUUGGCUCUGCGGAUGAUGAAGAGGAGCAGGCGGAGGAGGACUGUCCUGAAUUGGUCCCCAUAAAGACGAAGCAAAGAGAGGAGAAGGAGGAAACGUCUGGCCCCGGCGCUAAGAUCCCAGUCACAAUUAUCACCGGGUAUUUAGGUGCUGGGAAGACAACACUUCUGAACUAUAUUUUGACAGAGCAACACAGUAAAAGAAUAGCAGUGAUUUUAAAUGAAUUUGGGGAAGGAAGUGCAUUGGAGAAAUCCUUAGCUGUCAGCCAAGGUGGAGAACUCUACGAAGAAUGGCUGGAACUUAGAAACGGUUGCCUCUGCUGUUCCGUAAAGGACAGUGGCCUUAGAGCUAUUGAAAAUUUGAUGCAGAAGAAAGGGAAAUUUGAUUACAUACUGUUAGAGACCACUGGAUUAGCAGAUCCUGGUAUUUCAUUGUUGACACAGAGUGAUGCUUGGGAGACCACAUCUCGUCAGGGUGCUGUAGCUUCUAUGUUUUGGGUUGAUGCUGAAUUAGGGGUUGAUAUUUAUCUUGAUGGUAUCAUAACUGUUGUGGAUUCAAAAUAUGGAUUAAAUCAUUUAGCAGAAGAAAAACCUGAUGGCCUUAUCAAUGAAGCUUCUAGGCAAGUUGCUUUGGCGGAUAUCAUCAUCCUCAAUAAAACAGACUUGGUUUCAGAAGAGGAUUUAAGCAAAUUAAGAACAACUAUUAGAUCAACAAAUGGACUGGGAAAAAUUUUAGAAACACAAAGAUCAAGAGUUGAUCUCUCAAGUAUAUUAGAUCUUCAUGCCUUUGACAGUCUCUCUGGAAUAAGUUUGCAGAGAAAACUUCAAAAUGUGCCAACAACACAACCUCACCUUGAUCAGAGUAUUGUUACAGUCACAUUCGAAGUACCAGGAAAUGCAAAGGAAGAAAGUCUAAAUGUCUAUAUUCAGAAUCUUCUGUGGGAAAAGAAUGUGAGAAACAGGGAUGACGACUGCAUGGAGGUCAUACGACUAAAGGGGCUGGUGUCGCUCAAAGACAAACCACAACAAGUGAUUGUCCAGGGUGUCCAUGAGCUGUAUGAUCUGGAGGAGACAUCAGUGAGCUGGGAAGACGACAGUAAGAGAACAAAUCGAUUGGUCCUUAUUGGCAGGAAUUUAGAUAAGGAUAUUCUUAAACAACUAUUUAUAGCUACUGUGACUGAGACAGAAAAGCAAUGGACAACACGUUUCAAAGAAGAUCAAGUUUGUCCAUAACACUAGAAGCAUCACCAAAAGGAUUGGAUGAUAAAAUUGGGACUAAGUUUCCUAUUGGAUGUAUUUCAAGCAUCUAUUCUUUGCAUUACUUCUCUUAUGAAUUCCAAUGUAAACUUUAAAAUAGUAUUUAUUUUAUAGAAUACAUACAAUAUAGUAAAUCAGUAUUAUAAAACAUUUGAUAUUCAUACAAUAAAAUACACUGUCCUCUGACUUUUUUUUGUGGACAGAUGAUUCAUAAACAUAUCUUUCAGAAUUGGCUUUGGAGUUUACAUAUGCUGAAUUUCUCACCCAUGGAAGUUGUAAUAAUAAUAAUGGGAAAACUUACUUCAACAUUGUCAUUUUCCCUUAGAACUUCAGCUGAUUGCGUGGAUGUAAUUUUAUUGUUAAUAACAAAAAUUUUUAAAAACAAUGUCACCAUUUUUAUUAAAGGAAAUAAAGGGUUUACAGUGGUAGAGACUUAAGAGUGGAAGAAACCUAAAUCAAAGAAAUUAAUUGAAACUUUCUCUUAUUCUUAGAUUCUAAGCCUUACUGGUAGUCAGUGUAAUGGAACUUCAGCCAUUCACUUUGUAAUAUAUUUCAAAGAUUUCAAUUGUAGAGCUUUUAAUUUUAGAGUAGAUUUUAGUUUUAAAGUAGAUUUUACUACUGGUAUUAAAUUCAUCUUGUUUUUUUUUAACUUCUUUAUUUUUCAAUAUAAACUAAAAAGUGACAAGGUAUAAAACUUCAGAUGUAACUGCAUUUAACUUUUGAUAAUUUAACAAUCUUUAUAUAAAUGGUAGGUGUGUAAGUAUACAAUGUAUUACUUUUCUCUUCUUCCUGCUAAAGGCCAGGUCAGCUUAACUAUAUUCAAAUUGUAAGAGAAAGGCAUUAAACGGAAUUUAAAGAAGAGUUAAUGGUUGUUAAAUAUCAGAAGGCUGUCAGAAUGGCUUUUGGAAUAUUUUUUCAGAAUUUUAAGUCAAAAUUACAUCUCUGUAUCUUGAAUGGUUCCAGUAGUUGGAGGCAGGCUAAUUAAUUAGAUUAUCUAUCUCCCUUCCCCUGUGUUCUGUACCUUUUUAAUAUAACUUCUCUAUGUUCAUCCAUUUGCCUCCUGAAUCUAUUCUCUUAAUUUGUGGCUGAGAGAAUACGCUUAUUUUGUGGCAGCCAAUUGCCUGAUAAAAGUCAGCUGAUUUUUGAGUCAGAUCUUUAAUUCCAGGGCUUUAGUUCCAGCUCUGCUGCUUCUUGGCUGUAUAAUCUUGGGCAAAGUAUUUUCUCUGAGAUUAGUUUUCUUACUUUUAAAGUGGACAGUGAUAAUAUCAAACGUUCAAGCUUGUUGUAAGGGUUAAAUAGGUUUGUAAUGCACCCAGCUGAGCUCCUGGCCCACAACAGAGCAUAGAUAAAUGUUUUCUCCUUCCUAACAAUUUCAGUUUGUUUUAUAAUUAAUGUAGUCACAAUAAUACUUCAUAAUGUUCAUUGGCAAAUAAUAAGUAUUUAGAUUCAUCUGUUCUAGGCCAUGAGAAAGGGCUUAUAAUUAAUGGUACUGUUGUGGGAGAAGUGUUUGAAGUAAUAUUAAUCUAAACUCUUAAAAAUCUGUUUUAAACUGAUAAAUAUUUGGUUUUUUCUUUAUAAUGUAUUAAUCUUUAAAUAUUUUUCUUUACAAAAGUAUUGCAUGACUACAUUUGUGUUGUAAAAUGCAAGCAUUACAGAUGAAGUCAGUCUCUCCUGACCUUUCUCUUUCAGUCACUGUCACUUCUGGGUAAGCAGUGUUGUCAGUUUAAUGUCUAUCCUUUUAGAUGUUUCUUUUCACUUAUGCACACAUUAUGGUUUACAUUGUUUCCCAAAGUGAAUUAUUUUCCAAUAAUAAAGCUAUAAUUUAAGGAAUUUCUUCGGAAGACUUACAAACUUGCCAUAAAUAUCCUUAA